CUACGGGUAGAGUAAUUUGCUGUACAUUUUAAGUUUUAAACGUAUUUUAUUGCGAAAUGUCCAACCGGAUGACUCAUUUUGAGGGGCCAUUGUUUCCUCAGUGACCUGGUCAUUUACUUUGAAAAUCUGACAGGAAACGUUACGCGUGCAUGUUGUCUGGACGAAAAGAUAACUAUGGGUACGUGGUAGGUAACGCAUCCAGGGCAUUUUGUUUGCUAAGUCAGUAUUUUCCAAGAAUAACGUUCCCGGAGGCGCCUUGGUAGCGGCUCGGACGCUCCGGCGAUGGCUCCUCGAAGGUCGGACUCGGCGAAGAGAAGCGGCGGCGUUCGGUCCCCCGACUUUCGGAGCUCGGGUUCAGCGGCGCGCCGACACUCCGCCGCGGUGCUGCCGUCCGUGCUGACGUUCCUGGUGAUCGUCGCAUCCGGAGGCCUGCUGCUCAUGAUCGAGAAAGGAAUGCUCAGCGGCGUCGAGACGCCUCCGCCCCGGGGAAGCAGGAGACUGGCUGUCGGCCGGCACACCGGCCAACAGCGGGCGACGGAGGACGUGGAGUCGCAGAUCCUCCAGGACAUCCGAAACCGGACCAUGACGUCCAUGUGCAGGCAGAAGAACAUGCCGCGCAGCCUGUGGUCGCUGACGCCGCCGCAGAGGAAGACGCUGCUGCAGCACGUGCUGGUCAACGACGAGUACCGCUUCCUGUACUGCUACGUGCCCAAGGUGGCCUGCUCCAACUGGAAACGCGUGCUGAAGGUGCUGGGCGGCGCCUUGGAGAGCGUGGAUGUCAAGAUCAAGAUGGACCAUCGCAACGACUUGACUUUUCUGUCCUCGCUCAAGCCGGAGGGGAUCCGCUACCGGCUGCAGCACUACUUCAAGUUCAUGUUCGUGCGCGAGCCCAUGGAGCGCCUGCUCUCCGCCUACAGGAACAAGUUCGGCGAGAUCGAGUCGUACCAGCGCAAGUACGGCGCCGAGAUCGUCAAGCGCUACCGCAAGAGCCGCGGCGGCAAGGGCUCGCGCGCGGCGGCCGGCGACGACGUGACGUUCGCGGAGUUCGUCCGCUACCUUCUGGACGAGGACGUGGAGCGGAUGAACGAGCACUGGAUGCCCAUGUACAACCUGUGCCAGCCGUGCGCGUUGCGCUACGACUUCAUCGGAUCUUACGAGCGCCUGGAGCGGGACGCCGAGUUCGUGCUGCGCAGCGUCGGCGUGCCGCCCCAUGUCGGCUUCCCGGCGAGGCAGUCGUGGUACAAACCCGUCACGGCGGAGACGCUGCACUACUACCUGUGCGGCCUGCCGCAGAAGCUCCUGAGGGAGCUUCUGCCCAAGUACAUUCUAGACUUCUCCCUCUUUGCGUAUCCGCUCCCCAACACAACCACUGAGCACUGCCGGCAUUAGGAAAAUAAAAGUCAACUGGCUAAGUAUUUUUUUAAAAGACCGAUUUGGGCAGAAGGCCCAUUUCAUGUCUGGUCUUCUGUAAAUGUGUACUGUGUUCUAUUUUUUCUACUUUUCUAUAAAGACUGUCCAUAUUUUGA